GUGGGGAGCUUCCGUUUAUCUGCGAGGUCAGAGAAGGCUGGCUGCGUUCAGUGGUGCUGUUGAAAAACACGAUGAAAAUGGCGUGGCAACCGCAAGAGGAAGGACUUAGACAAAUCUUGACGCUCCUUAAGGAGUCCCAGAGCCCGGAUACGGUCACCCAACGCGCCGUGCAAGAAAAAUUAGAAGAAUUGAAUACAUUUCCAGACUUUAACAAUUACCUUAUUUUCGUUUUAACUAAACUAACAUCAGAGGAUGAACCUACGAGGUCUCUAAGCGGACUGAUAUUGAAAAAUAACGUUAAAGCUCAUUUUUAUAAGUUUUUACCGGAAGUCACAAAUUUUAUAAAGCAAGAAUGCUUGUCAGCAGUUGGAGAUCCGUCGCCUCUGAUUCGCGCAACUGUCGGCAUUUUGAUAACUACCAUUGCAUCCAAAGGUGAAUUGACCAGAUGGCCGGAGCUGCUGCCUGCCCUUUGUCAAAUGUUGGACUCCCAGGAUUACAACGUUUGCGAAGGUGCAUUCGGUGCUCUUCAAAAGAUAUGCGAAGACUCUGCAGAGAUAUUAGACUCCGACGCGCUCAAUCGACCUCUGAACGUUUUAAUCCCCAAGUUCCUGCAAUUUUUCAGACAUUCGAGCCCCAAAAUUAGAUCACAUGCUAUCGCCUGUGUUAAUCAGUUUAUUGUUAAUCGUACACAGGCCCUAAUGAUUCAUAUAGACAGCUUCUUGGAGAACCUCUUCCACUUAGCCAACGACGAAGAUCCCGAAGUUAGAAAAAAUGUUUGCAGAGCUUUGGUUAUGUUGCUUGAAGUUCGAAUGGAUAGAUUAAUACCACACAUGCAUAAUAUAAUAGAGUACAUGUUAAUGAGGACUCAAGAUCCUGACGAGGGAGUUGCUUUAGAAGCUUGUGAAUUUUGGCUUUCGCUAGCUGAGCAACCAAUUUGUAAAGAAGCACUUGCACCACAUCUACCCCGUUUAGUCCCCAUAUUGGUAAGAGGUAUGAAAUACUCGGAAAUUGAUAUAAUACUCCUGAAGGGAGACGUGGAGGAGGAUGAGAUGAUUCCGGACAGGGAAGAAGACAUCAGACCAAGAUUCCCCAAAUCGAAAACGCAUCACUCCCAUCACGGUAGUAUCAAUAAACAUUCGAACGAGAACGGAGGCUGCGACGAGGAGGACAUCGACGCCGAGGACGGUUGCGACGACGACACGUCGCUCAGCGAUUGGAAUUUAAGGAAAUGCUCUGCAGCGGCUCUAGACAUGUUAGCGAAUGUAUUCAGAGAGGAAUUGUUACCAGUUUUAGUACCAAUUUUAAAAGAGACUCUUUUCCAUCAAGAUUGGGAAAUCAAAGAGUCCGGUAUAUUGGCACUGGGAGCCAUAGCGGAAGGUUGUAUGAGUGGAAUGAUUCCACACUUGUCAGAAUUAAUUCCAUAUUUAAUUAAUUGCUUGAGCGACAAGAAAGCACUAGUGCGCGCCAUCACGUGCUGGACCCUGAGUCGUUACGCACACUGGGUCUGUGCGCAACCACACGAUACGCAUCUGAAACCUUUGAUGACCGAGUUGUUGAAACGAGUGCUCGAUGGCAAUAAACGAGUCCAGGAAGCAGCAUGCUCAGCCUUUGCGACGCUGGAGGAAGAGGCGUGCACGGAAUUAGUCCCUUAUCUUGGAUUUAUUCUUGAAACGCUCGUCUUCGCUUUUGGUAAAUAUCAACAUAAAAACCUUUUAAUAUUAUACGACGCGAUUGGUACCCUCGCUGAUUCGGUGGGACACCAUCUCAACAAACCGGAUUACAUCAACCUUCUGAUGCCACCGCUGAUCAAUAAGUGGAACGUACUGAAAGACGAGGACAAAGACUUGUUCCCGUUGUUAGAGUGUCUCUCCUCUGUAGCGACUGCGUUGCGAUCCGGUUUCCUUCCUUAUUGCGAACCAGUAUACAGGCGGUGCGUAUCCCUAGUAGAGCAGACCUUGAAUCAACACAUAGCGAACACCCAGAGCCCGGAACAAUUCGAGGCGCCUGAUAAAGAUUUCAUGAUCGUUGCGUUGGAUCUUCUCAGCGGUUUGGCGGAAGGUCUGGACGGGCACAUGGAAAGUCUAGUAAUGAACAGCAACGUUAUGCAACUGUUGUAUCAGUGCAUGCAGGACGGUAUGCCCGAAGUCAGACAAAGCAGUUUCGCUCUGCUAGGAGAUCUAACAAAGGCUUGCUUCCAACACGUCCUCCCAUGCAUACCGGAAUUCAUGCCGAUACUUGGACAGAAUUUAAAUCCUGAAUUCAUAUCUGUGUGUAACAACGCAACGUGGGCUAUCGGCGAGAUCGCUAUAAAACUUGGGUCCGACACGAGCGCGUAUAUCCCAUUAAUAUUGAAUCAACUCAUCGACAUAAUCAACAGACCGAACACGCCAAAAACACUCUUAGAAAAUACAGCCAUAACGAUCGGUCGCCUAGGUUACGUGUGUCCCCACGACGUCGCCCCCAUGUUACAGCAGUUUGUCCGACAGUGGUGUACUUCUUUACGGAGCAUAAGGGACAACGAGGAAAAGGAUUCAGCGUUCAGAGGUAUGUGUCAGAUGAUCACCGUGAACCCGGCAGGAGUCGUAGCCGAUUUCAUCUUCUUCUGCGACGCUGUUGCCUCGUGGGUCACACCUAGAGAAGACCUCAAAGACAUGUUCCAAAAGAUACUCCACGGAUUCAAAAAUCAAGUUGGUGCGGAAAAUUGGAAACGAUUCUCAGAUCAAUUCCCACCGCAGCUCACUGAACGGCUCCAUAAUAUGUAUGGCGUCUGAGCAGCCCCGCCUAAAUGCGAAGGCCGCUUUAUGGGGCAGGCCGAAACGGGGUUGGGCGGGAAACAGAACAAUGGGUGGACAGGGUGGGUGGGUGAAACCACGGCCUCUUCUCAUCGACAUCGUUGUCGUUACCGUAUUAUGAUGGUCACCGUCAGGCUCUCGGGGAAAUUAAUAACGCGCGAUCAGAGCUGCAGCCAGCGAGAAUAAAAACGGGGAAAAAACAAAAGAGCAAAACCGAUAAUACGAAAUGAGAAUGAAACGAAGAAAAUGAGAACGACAAAAUAACAACGACAAAAUGUCAUGGGCCGAAAUGCAACGCGUGG